CCAGUGGGGAGGUAGGCUCAACCAGGGGAGGAAAGAAUGAAGUUCUUCGAACCCUGGGGACGCCAGAGGCUGUCUUUUCUUCUGGAAAAGGCCGCCUCUAGGGAAGCCAAGAUGUGGAGGAUCUACGUGCCAAAGAAGCCCUCCUCUCAGGAUACAGACAUCUCCCCGGGCCAGCGGGAUGAGGCUGUGCGAUGGUUGACGGAGCUCCACGGCAGACUGCAGCUAUACCCAGAGACCCUGGUGUUAGCUGUUAGUAUCCUGGACCGCUUCCUCACUCCCAUCAAGGCUCGUCCAAAGUACCUGCGCUGCAUCGCCAUCGCCUGCUUCUUCCUCGCUGCUAAGACCUGUGAGGAGGAUGAGUGUGUGCCCUCUCUGAAGGAGCUGGCUGCCUCCAGCAGCUGUGGCUGUUCUCCAUCAGAGAUCCUGAGGAUGGAGAGAAUCAUCCUGGAUAAACUGAACUGGGAUCUGCACACCGCCACAGCACUGGACUUCCUGCACAUCUUCCAUGCGAUGGUGUUGUCGUGUCGCUCUGGGUUUUUGGACGCCAUGUUGGGACUGAACCGCUCUCAGCACCUCACCCUGCUCACACGCCGGCUCUACCACUGCCUGGCCGACCACACACUCUUACAGCUCAGAGGAUCCAUGCUGGCCUUGGCCCUCAUCACCCUGGAGCUGGAGACCUGCUGUCCUGACUGGCUGGCUCUAACCAUCGACCUGCUGAGGAAGGCACAGAUCGACAGCUCCGAGUUGAUUCGGAGUCGAGAGCUGGUGGCUCGUAGUCUGUCCACACUGAGAGCUUCCCUGCCUCCCAACACUGUCUACAUCUACCAACCCCUGCAGCAGGACCCCACACUCCCCCCCUGCACACUGGGGAUCAUCACCUCUGAUGCCGAGUCUUCCAGGGACCACACCCUCGUCACUGCUGCCCCCUCCCAGCCACAGACACCUGCUGGCAGGGAGGAGGGGAAGCAACAGCCCUGGACCUCCGUCUCUUCCACCAACAGCAACAUCCCAGCCCUACUCUCCCCACCCAAACACCUCCGUCAUCUUAACCACCUGCAGAAGGUCACACUGCGCUGCAAGGCCUCCGCCAAGCGCAAGGUGGAGGAGAUGGAGGUGGAUGACUUCUAUGACGGCAUCAAACGCCUCUACAAUGAAGACAUCACCAUCGCUGUCCAGGAGGGGGCAACACCAACAGGUGGAGGAGGACUGGGUGUCUGCAGUGUCCUGUUAUCCCGACAGGAAGGCAGCUCCUCCCCCUGCCCGCCUCUGCAGCCAGUCAGUGCCUCCUAGAGACCAAACAGCAACCUGUUUACCAAAACCACCUUCACACUGACAUCUUCUUCCUGUUUCACUUUCAGAUUAAACUCCUCAAAUCCAAGUGUUCAAAUCUAACUUUUGGCAACAGUGAUGGGCAAGUCAUUCAGUAAUAGGCAAUGAAGUCAGAGAAAGCUUGUAUUCAGUGUUCCCAUUCGCAUAAAAAAGCAAUAUAAAGGCAGCUCCUCUGGAAAUGUUGCCUAUCAGAGUUGCCAGAGACAACUGUUACAUCACUGCGUUUGAUGGAAGGUGCAGGAGAAGAAGAAAAUAUUGAUGUUAUAAUACAAAUGAAGCAGUGUUACAGAUGGUGUUGGUGGUUAAGAUGGUUUUGGUUUCAGUGCAAACGACCCCAGUGUGAGCCCGAGUUGUUCAGCAGCCCUGAGGUCAGCUCCCAUCAUCCCCUGCAACUGGAAAACAGAGCCCAAAAAAAAUUAAACAUUCAAAAAAUAAAAAAGCUGCUGCUACUAUCUUAUUAAUUCUAUUUGUUGAACACAAAUACAGUAUUACAAAAGGUUUAAAAAAAGUAUAAAUAGAAAAGUAACCUUCAAAAAAACCUAGAAUAUACUUCUCAACCCCAGUGUCUCACUCUCUGUCCUGUUGUGGAAGAUUACUGAAAAUGUCAUUGUUUGUCAACUUAUAUUUGUUGUUCAUAUCUUAGAAUCUUUUCUUUUCUUUCACAUAUUUAUGUUUUUAUUCCUCUUUCCUUCCUCACUCUGUAUGAAUGUUUUUGUAGAUGAUAAUCUGUAUUACUCUCCCAGAUUUUUUUUUUUUAAGUGAAGUGCAAUUUGAUUGUUAAUAAGAUGCUAAUAUAAACAUCCCUCCUAUGAAUCCCUCUGUUUUCCCCUUCCCUCUCAGCUUGUUGUGAUAGCUUGACUGAAUGAAAGUUUCUCAGGUUGUUUUAUUCACCUACGAAAAAGUCUCUUUGAAGCUGCCACGUAAAUCUGGUUGUCCAAUCAGAGCCCUGUUUUUUAAACCCGGUUUAAGUAAUCCGGACUAACAGGCUUAUCAAGCUAAAAGGGUCCUGUUAACCUUACAGACAGAGAUAUUGAUCAUUUCCCAAUAACAGUAACAACCAGGCUUUAUGACCAACCUAAAGUUGAGCCAGGCUCUGAUAAAAAUCAGACUGCAUGUCGUUUGUGUUGAAUUAGCCAACGGGAAUAACGUUGUAGUACAUAAAACAACCUUGAGUUAUUUAAAGCAUUUUAAUAUUAAGCUAAGAGACAGAAAUGUGGUUUUUGAGUUGGUGUCUGAGCUUCAGAAGGAGACAAGUGACAAUCUUCACUUUGAUGUUCAAAAAAAAAAAAAAAAUCUAAAAACAACAUGCUGUUUUUAUCUCUUGAAGUUCUGUUUAAUAUAUAUUUUAAUUCUGCAAAAAAGCUCUGUUGUUCCUGCUGCGGGAGCUGCUGGUGGCUGCUCCAGGUCCCUGAACACAACGUGGUACCAAUAAAUAACGUAUGAAAACUGA